CCUGAUUGGCCGUCGCCAUGAGCAACGUCAAUCAGAACCCGGAAAGGCUGCUGGCAAUCCCUGUGAAGAAAACUGAUCCGGUGGAUCUGUACCGGCCGUUACGCAAGUUCGUUGCCACAAAAUAUUCAGAGAGCGAUGCACAGAAAGUGGAAAGCGUUCUCGAAACCCUAAACAACUGCCGCAGGGACAUGGUGGAGCGAGGGGACCUCUCCCUUCCCAUGCAACGUGACUGCCUCAUCCACUACUUCAAAUGUCUCUGCAUGGUUGAACCACUCUUCACCGCUAUCUCCUCCGAUGCCGACGCCGACCCGAUCACCUUUGUCUGGUACGACGCUUUCUUCUCUGAGCAUGAGAAUGGAGUCUCCUCGCAGCGCAACAGCAUCCAAUUGGAGAAGGCUGCUGUUAUCUUCAACCUUGGCGCCAUCUGCAGUCAGAUUGGGGCCUCUUGCGACCGCACCACCUCCCUUGGCCGUCACCUUGCAAUGGACGCAUUCAAUGCCGCCGCCAACUUCUUCUACAAACUCUGGACGGUUUUUGCCAAGGACGUCUCCGCCACUCUCGACUUGAGUCUACUCUUCGCCAAGAGUCUGCACCGCCUCUGCUCCGCUCAGGCUUCGGAGCUCAACUUACAGCAACGACUCCACCACAACAACACAAAUGACGACGCCAGUUCCGUUUCGUUUAAAUCGGUUUCUCAGAAUUAUCAAAUGCUAACUGUUAUGAUACUACGUAACUUGCCUGCAACGGAACAUAUCCUCUCAUUUGACCGAACAUGGAUAACUCAUCUUUCCCAAAAGUUGACAUUCUUUCAGCUGGAGGCUCGUCAGAGAAAAUCAUCCAUCCUACCCAAAUCCAACCAACCUGUAGUAAUAUCAUUGGUGUCUCCUCUUGAUGAUGAUGCAGAGUCUGUCACUGAAAAAUUAGUUACAGCGGCCUGCAACUACAACUGCGGUGAUCCGUGGACACGAGAACUAGAACACCAACCACGAAUCCCAUUCAUUGACCUCUUCCUUUCGGAGUACAGCCCUUUCAAGAUUAUGGAUGGUGGAAAGCUGGUGGCUUACCCAUGGGACAUGCCUCCUCCUUAUCCAACAAAUUUGGCAUUCCUUUCAUCUUCGUCUUCGUCUUCGUCUUCGUCAUAUAUUUUGGCAUUCCCUUUGAAGAAGUGUGAGCCCUUGGACCUAUACGAGUCCCUGCGCAAUUACUUUGUCCUCAAAUACUCUGAGAGCGUGGCAAAGAGAGUAGAAGGCCUUCUCCAAAUGCUAAACAAAUUGCGUGGUGAGAUGCAGCGUGAUGACAUCCUUCUUCCCGUCCGCCGCGAUUGCCUCAUCCGCUAUUUCAAAUGCCUUUGCAUGAUUCAGCCCUUGUUCCCCAUGACUUCCUCACCCAACCCACCUAUCUUUGUUUGGUACAAUGCCUUCAACCCACAAGAAGUCUCUUCUCAGCACAACAUUUAUUUGGAGAUGGCCUCUGUUCUCUUCAACCUGGGAGCCCUCUGCACCCACAUUGCUCUCUCCAGUGAUCUCACCACCAAUCAAGGCCAUCGCAUUGCCAUAGACGCCUUAAAUGAUGCUUCAUAUUGGUUCUUAUUACUAAAUUCUGUGACUAUGUCGGCAUCUGCCACUGUUGACUUGUCAAAAAACUGCAGUGAUAUGCUGCGCGAGAUAAUAUCCGCUGAGAUUGCUGACUUGAACUGUUUACCUCAUUCCCGUUAUGAUCGAUCAUCAUUUCCUGGAUAUCCUGUUUCUUCGCUUUAUCGGAAAGCUUAUGAUCUGUUGACAGUUGGGACUUUAGCUGAGAAUCUCGUUCAAUCCUCGAUACCUCAAUAUCUCGAGUCGAAGAUAAAUGUUCACCAUGUUAAGACUGCUCCUAUUGAUGUAAGUGAACAAUUUCUUUUAAGGUAUUGUAAGUAUAAUUCCCUGCUUCCAGAGGAAUGUCAACCACUAUGCUUGGACCUUCUCUCUGAGGCUGGCCCUGUCAUGAUUAAGGAUGGAAAUCUUGUGGCCAACCUUAGAGGCAGUGAUGUUGCCAUGGAGGAGAUGAGCUUGCCGGAGACCACAGUAACAUUACCAUAGAGAAAAACUAAAC